AAGAAAAUAGUGUUUUCGGAUCGACAUCACAACGAAUACCCAUCAGACACCGCAUACAAAAACAAAAUAAUACCGAUGUAAAGCACAGCCGGGCACCAGACUAUUCCGCACCUAACCCAAUUUGCACACGUGUGCCAGAUUCGUGAACAGUCAAAAUGAUCCAAUACCACUGAAUGUGAAAGCAGGUAGUGGUGGGAGUGCACUGCUCGACACCAUGGGAACGAGGUUGCUCCUGCUCGUGAUUUGUAAUAAAUAUGCAUCAUAGAGGAUCGGAAGGCCGGUCGGUGCAAUUAUAUUCUCCUGAGCCUGGCUUAUCAGGCGUACUUGACGAGAAAUUGCAAUCACGUGCAUCAAGUUUAUUCUUCCUUUAGGAAAAAGACUGAUGCUGUCUAGGGCUAAGCAAUCGAUAGUAAUUUACCAGAUAUAAUGCUUGUGGACAAAAACAAAAUGAGUUUUCAUUCUGGCAUACUGUCACUUCAGUGGAGCUCCAGCGAUAGCGAGCAGGCGAUUGUUCCACUGUUUUACGAUUUGAUCAGUAUCACCACUUUGGUUGACGUUUGGCUGAGACUGUCACAGUUUUCACACAAGACAGAAAUUUGAAGAAAGCAUCUUACUAGCAAAAAUGGCUACGUUUGCUCCACAACUGCAAGUCCCUUGCUUUCUUCAGUGUGUGAUUCUUGCCUUUGCUGCUGUAGCGGUCACUACCAUAUCUGCAAUUGGGACAUUGUCUUCAAGUUGUAGUCAUCAGGUGAAAAGAGAAUUCCUACCAGCGGUUAGCAGACGCCUGCAGGUAGCUCCAUACCGACAAACUCUUGCAAAAUCUCACGUGUUGUGUGUGAGAGAUUGCCAUGCUGAUUCUGGCUGCUUGUCUGUCAAUUAUCUCCCUAUCCGUCACAUCUGUCACCUCAAUAACAGCUCUAGAGAGGAGCAUCCAGGAAGCUUUGGCAUCUCGUGCGACAGCGUGUACUUCGAUGCGGAUGCACUUACACCUUCCUUCUCUGUGUGGAGGUGUUACUGUAGCUGCAAGGAGUUUCUGCAAGCGGGCCAUGAUGCGAGCGGUAUCUACACCAUAUUCCCGGCUAGUGUCCGCAAUGAUGGCUUACAGGUCUACUGUGACAUGGAGACUGACGCUGGAGGAUGGAUCGUCAUCCAGAGGCGUCAAGAUGGCAGCGUUAACUUCUACCGCGGCUGGGCUGACUACCAGGUAGGCUUUGGCAACUUCUCUGGUGAGUUCUGGAUCGGAAACGACAUCUUACGCAAUUUGACGGCCUUGGGAACAUGGCAGCUUCGGGUUGAUCUGGUGGACUGGGACAAUGUAAUGGUGUACGCGGAAUAUGGAGAGUUUGGAGUUUCUGGAACCAACUAUCAGCUCACGGUCGGCUCUUAUAAUGACAUCAGCACGGCAGGAGACGCACUGACAAGCAAGCACAAUGGCAUGUUGUUCUCAACCUGGGAUAAGGACAAUGACAAUUAUCAAGCCGGUAGCUGUGCCCAAGACAACAACGGGGCGUGGUGGUAUAACUGGUGCUACGGGUCAAAUCUUAGUGGUAAGUUUUAUGUUGUGCGUGGUCCGUUCAAUGGUCUCCCAUGGAAUGGCCAGGGGGAGCCAGACAAAUAUUUCAAAAAAGCGAGCAUGAAAAUUCGUCAAUAUCCAUAAAGGCAAAACAAAAUUGAAAUCGAACCAUACGCCAUUUAUUAUAGUCUGCAUCAGUUAUUGAAUCAUUUCGAAUUAUGUAAUUAAUUCUUCAACUGGAUCAUUUUGAUGCUCGAAAGUACUUGGCGAAGAUAGUUCACAUUGUUCGUACAUAAUCACGUUGCAGUCAUAAUGCGCACUGCACGAACAACUUAUUUCAUUCCUAAAAAUUAUCAAAUUUGCAUUUCAGUAUUUUUGAAGUAAACAGGGUGUAGCGAAAAAAAAAGAUUAAUCCCGAAAUAUUUGGUUUGUAUG